AUGCCCAUCCGUCUGAGGAUGAGGCCACAGCCCGCCCGGGAUCUCAGUCCCGUAUCUGCGAGAUAUGAUUUUGAUAUGCCAGAUAUUGCUGAGGAUGACUCAUUUCGGGAUGUGGUCAAGAAGCUUUCUCUAUAUUUCACAGACGUAAUCGAGCUGCCUAGUACAUUCGAGCAGCUGAGAACCACUGAGGCCGGAAACUGUGUGCGUGUCUUAGUUGACCAUUUGAGCGACAACUGCACCAAUCCCGCCAUUGUGAAUGCUCUGCUUGCGCUCAAAUGGCAUUAUGCUGCUGCAAACGAGCACCUGAGUAUUAGCGAGACUCGAUCAUUUGCAUGUGAGAUCACUGCAUGGCGCUUUCUUACGCGACUGUGCGAAAGACAGGCAGUAGAGUUCUGCCUCUACGAGAUACCUGUGACUUCAGACCAGGCACACCAGUCCCAACAGGUAUCCUACGACCAGGAAGCUGGGGAGACUUCUCCUCUCCUCAUUCGCAGAAGCUCGUCUGACGACGGGCGACCGGCCGUGGCCAUAGGGAGUGCCCGGAAAAGGACAAAAUUGUUAAGCUCACUCUCUCGUCUCACGCAUCUAAGUGACGACAGCGACGAUGAAGCAGAUCCAACAGCCGCCUUUAAGAGCUUGAAUGCCUUGGAGAUUGCUGCCAUUGCCAAUGCUAAACGAUUCCUUAGUCAACACGUUGUUCAGAAGAUCAUUACGGGCAUUUGGAACGGAGACAUUGUGUUCUGGGACACGCUUUCCGUGAACUCCGUCAAAAAGCCGCGAUAUUACAAUCCCCGAACUUCUGACCCGUUCUCUCGUCUUCGCGUGCCCAAAUAUCUCAAAGCUUGGGAGGUUCUUUUCUUCGUUGCAUUUCUGUGUCUCUAUUAUUCGGUUCUCAUCACUCGCGAUAACACCCGAAUCACUUUGACAGAAAUUGUUCUCUUUAUUUGGAUAGCAGCCUUUUUCUACGACGAACUGAGCGAAUGGAUCGAUGCCGGCUCCAUCUUUUAUGCCACAGACAUAUGGAAUGUGUUUGACAUGAUUAUGAUCCUGAUUGGAUUUCUGUUUGCAGCCUUGAGAAUUAUCGGACUUGCGCAACAUAACAAUGCGAUGAACGAGAUGGCUUUCAAUGUGUUGUCUCUUGAGGCACUCUUCAUGAUGCCGCGAAUCUGCUCAAUUUUGAGCUUGAGCCCCUACUGGGGCACUCUGAUCCCGUGUCUGAAAGAAAUGGGGAAGGACUUUGUGAAAUUCAUGGUGCUAGUUGUCAUUGUUUACUUUGGCUUCCUAACAACGUUUUCCCUCAUUGGCCGCGAUGCUUUCACUUUCGGUCGAAUGACGGGAGUUUUGACAAAGAUCUUCUUCGGGUCGAGUUAUGUUGGAUUCGACAUCAUGGAUCAGAUUGACCCCAUAUUUGGUCCUCCCCUCAUGAUUAUUUUCAUUACUCUAACGUCCAUUCUCUUACAAGGCUCUCUAACCGGUAUGCUCUCAAACAGCUUUUCACGUGUUAUCACGCAGGCCAGGGAGGAGUAUCUCUACGUUUACAGCGUCUAUGUACUCGAGGCGUCAACUAGUAAUCGCCUUACUCACUUCUACCCGCCAUUUAACCUGAUUGCCCUCGUUAUCUUUCGCCCACUACGGAUUAUUCUUCCCAGGGUGGGUAAGUUUCGCGCUGGGCGAAUUCUCCUGCUGCGAGCAACACAUUUGCCGAUUGUUGGAGCCAUCAAGUUAUACGAGUAUAUCCGGCGUAGGGCACAGGAUGACGAGUAUGCCGGUUUCCGUGGCCCACGCGAGACAAAGAAAAGCAGUCGACCAGCAGUGUAUAAGAGACCGUCUUCUGGCUACAGUAGGCAGCAAAUUUCACUGUCACAAGAGUCUACGCUUUUGAGACCCGACGGAAAGAGGCGGGACGACGACGACAUGGAAGAACCCAAGGGCGUGGAAGGCCAAAUCGCAGAGCUAAACCAAAAGAUUGACCAGCUUACAUCUCUGGUCAUGGCAAUCCAGGAGAAGAAGGCUUCUUCUGGAGAUGCCACCACACCUGGAAGUGAAUGA